CACUUUUGGCAGUUCUUGUGUGCCUGCAACUAACGCGAGCCGUGCAGUCAGCAGCGGACAGCAAGUCAAUAUGCCCCUAGAUUUGAGCCAGUGGACCGGACCUCUCGCCCUGCAGGAGGUCGAGGAAAAGCCCGCACAGCCUCUGACCAUUAAAUACGACUCCGUGGAAAUCGACGAGCUCGGGAAGGUGCUCACGCCAACACAGGUGCAGAAUAGACCCACCUGCAUCGAGUGGGAAGGAUGUGACUCCAGUAAGAUGUACACUUUGGCCCUGACCGACCCUGAUGCUCCUAGCAGGAAAGACCCAAAAUUCAGGGAGUGGCACCACUUUCUGGUGGUCAACAUGAAAGGGAAUGAUGUGUCCUCUGGCUGCGUGAUGUCGGACUACGUGGGAUCUGGUCCUCCCAAGGGCACAGGUCUCCACAGGUACGUCUGGCUGGUGUACGAGCAGCCAGGCAGCCUGUCCUGCUCCGAGACAGUCCUCACGAACCGCUCCGGAGACGGCCGCGGCAAGUUUAAGAUCAAGAGCUUCAGGCAGAAGUACAACCUUGGGGCCCCGGUGGCAGGAACCUGCUACCAGGCCGAGUGGGACAACUACGUCCCCAAACUGUACGAGCAGCUGGCCGGAAAAUAAAUGAAAAGACUAGACUCUUGAGCGCUCAGCCCUAGGAACUCCCACAGACGUAGUGUGCUGGUCUGUAGGAUGAUCCGAUUCUCGCAAGAAGCAAAAAAAAACAAAAAACAUAACAAAGCACUUUUUUGUGAGUGUGCCACUGAAGACUAAUGCUUUUCUCUCCCCACUGUUGCCUACUCAUGCUUUGACAAAAAUAACCUUUUCUCUCACUGACGUCACCUGAACUAUUCUGCAAUAAAUCUGUAAAACACUGAAA